AUGAAUACCCUAGCAAUGCAAGCGAUUUUUGUGACAUUGCUUUUAGUGUUAUUAAUCAAAAUAGAGGGAGAUUCAAGUUCUAUUUCAAUUCCAAAUGGUGAAGUGAACAAAAACUCUAUGGUCAACAUUGUUGCUAAAAAAGUUGGUAUGAAUGAUCUAGAACCCAUUGAUUGUACCACAAGACCAUUGAUAUGUAACGCCGGAGAAAUUGUACCAAGAAGUGUGUGUUGUAGAAAUCGAUGCGUAGAUCUUACUUCAGACAAAUACAACUGUGGACUUUGUGGAUUAGUUUGUCCAUUUAAUUUUCAAUGUUGUAACCGUUUGUGUGUAAACACAUAUUUUAGUCCUUUUAAUUGUGGUGCGUGUGGAAGGGUCUGUCCUAUUGGAAGCUUUUGUUUUCUUGGUACAUGUGCUUUUGAAAAUCCAUCUCUAUCUCUAGCACCACUUAAUCAUCCAACAAUUCCAAAAGAGUAA